AUGAGUGACAAAUGGGACAAUUACUUCCAAUUCUUUUUUAAUAAAGAGGUAGAUGUCUUGCGUAUUGAACGUGGUUCUCCAUGGCUAUUCAAGGAUUACGUGCUCCAUGUCAAGAGAUGGAAGGAAGAUCAGAACGGUGAUGAAGAGAUUGUUUCCAAUUUUUCAGUUUGGGUUCAAUUUUGGGAUUUGCCAGAAUCGUUUAAAAUCCUCGAACUUGGACGUAAAUUGGGAGAGAGGCUAAACACAGUGUUAGAGGUAGGUAAAUUUCAUAUGAGAGGCAGAGAAACUAGGAUUGUAAAGGCCAAGAUCAAUAUUGAAGCUACCAAGAAAUUGAUGGAUCAGUUAAUUGUUGCAGGACCUAAUAAAAAGGAGGUAGAGGCAGCAUUGCGCUAUGAGAGACUUGGAAAUUUCUGUACCUACUGCGCAAAAUUGGGGCCCGAGGUGAAAAACUACCAUGAUCUACUGAAGGACACGGAGAGUGAUAGGUUAAAAGAGGAUGACAUUGGCGAAUGGGUUAAAGCCAGCCAAGUUGGAAUACGAAUUAACUCUAAAAGAGAAAGAACGUUCAAUAACUCAGCCCAGAAUCAGAAUAAGGCUACUAAAUAUAAGAAAAAGCCGGUCUUAAACUGCUUAUUAGAGAAAUUUGCAGGAAUGUCAAUGCAAGAGGAGGAACAAAGUUUGAAACCACAAAACGCUAGCAAUAAGGCAGCACCUGAGUCACCUCAAUCAGCCAACUCUAGAACAGAAUGUAUGGAGGUUAUCAUAGCUGGUCAGUCCAAUGCCAAGGAGGAUGAAGGACAACCUAUGCAAUUCACUAUUGUGCAAUGUCUCACAACAGAGGAAGGCAGGAAGUGA